AUGGGCAUCGAGGAAUUCUUCACAAAAGCAAUCCGUGACAAAAAAUUCCAAUCAGCUGCCUUCGAGGUUGCCAGCACCUGCGCCUCCGCGUCCCCCGUCAUCAAAAUCGUCCAGGCCGCCAACAAGAUCGCCAAGGUCGGAGAUGCCGUCCAGCAUGCCAACGAGUUCCUGGCGGGUGCCUCUCAAACCAUGAAGGGCGCCCAGACAAUCCUUCCUCAAAUGCACAUCAUGGGCCAGUCCCUCGUCGACAGCGCCAGGCUGUUUUCACAGUUCUCCAUGGUCGCCACCACACUCAGCGCCGGUGCCAACAUCAUCCAGACGUACCAGGGUGUUCAAGCGCUGAAUCUCAUCGCCGCGAAGCUGGGUGAUAUCUCGGACAGCCUGCAGGCCCAGGCCGCACUUACCGCCCAGCGAGACUUUCCACAGUACGUGUUCGACAUGAUCAGAGAACGUCUCAGCCAAACCAGCGUCGACACGGAACGAGACCAUUGGUUCUUUCUCUACCACCCCGACACCGAUUGGUAUCCCAAGUUUUUCCAUCUCGUCGAGGAGAAGCCGCUAAGUCCGAGAUUCUGCGGCUACACGAACCAGCUCGACACCGUAUUCAUGUUCAUGCUCGCCGCUCGAGAGCGCAUCACGAAACGAGAGAUGGUCAAGUCGAGAAAGAGGCAACAUUGUCGACCCGUGCAGCUGCACCUCAUCAUCCCCGCCUACCAAACGAUCCUAAUCCCCGAACGAAUCAAGAUUCCCGAAGAGAUUGGCGAUUUUGUUAUCGAAGGCCGCAUCAACAGCAACAGACCUUUUGUCUGGCUCAACCUCCCGGACGAACAGCAACAUUAUACCUUUGACGUUGGCAUGUGGAGUCCUCCUGAGUCAGGCCUAUGGGAGAAAGCCUUGGAGUGGAUGGGCAUGUCCGGAAAGCUCAAGAUCUCGGAUACACCACGAGUGCUUGGCGUGGCAGAAAGGGUCCUGAUGAUCGAGGAUGAAAAGCGCGAAAUGACAAUCCAAGAGAUUACAAACGGCGGGUCGACAGAGGUCAUCAAGAGAGCUGCUACCGAGUCAGCUCUUGAUCUUGUCGAGGUCAACAAACACCAGUCGAUGCCCCUGCACGAAGGUCGCACCCGACGCUGGCGCCGAAGGGAGCGUAGUCGUUAA